AUGUACGAGCAGGGAGAGCAUGUACCUUUCUCGGAACCCGGCAGCGGCCAAGCCAGCGGUCCGCCGCACGAACCUUCUGACAAGUGUCAAGAAGAGUACCAAGAAGCCGAGAGAGUUUACUAUACAAUAAAGGAUCAAGAUCUACCGCAGUCUUCGCAGGAAGCUAGGCGGCAGGAGGAGUCGCCCCAGCCGGGGAUUAAAACCAGCGAGCCGCCGCCUCAACCCCUUCCCGUUCAUCAGCGCAACAGCGCUUCUGACAAGUGUCAAGAAGAGUACCAAGAAGCCGAGAGAGUUUACUAUACAAUAAAGGAUCAAGAUCUACCGCACGAGUCGCCGCCCCAAUCCCGCUCCGAUGGAACAAGCGUCCGCCGUGGUCUUCGUAGCUUCAUCCGCUCCCACUGCAGCUGCCUCGCCGCCGGCAUCGCCGUGCUACUGAGCCUGGGGUCUGUGGGACUCGCCCCUCUGACGUUCAGCAAUAAAGAGGGAAUAUCCCAACUAUCCACCACCGUUGACGUAUGGAAUCGUGACUUGCACCAACUGUCCACCAUUGUUGACGCCUUGAAACGUGACCAAAACGACACCCACCAACCGUCCACAACUAGUGGCGCCUCGAAAUGCGACCAGGACGACAUUUAUCAACUUUCUACGGCUGUUGACGCCUUGCCCUUGAGACGCGACCAAGACGGCAUGCGCAACCUGUCCAUCACUGUUGACGCCUUGAAACGCCACCUGGACAAGGUGGAAAACCGAAUCACAAUCUUGGAGCAGCGUCUUGACGAGAUGACUAAGACGCCAGCAUCUUGUCCUGGAGGUUACACAAUGUGGCGUGGAAUCUGCUACAAGGCCUUCGACACACAGAAGACCUUCAGCGAAGCGGAGGCGACCUGCGGUGAGGACGGCGGCACCCUCGCCAUGCCCCGAGACAACGAGACCAACGCCUUCCUCAUCUCCCUGUACAGGACCGUGAGCGACACCUGGCCCACAGCCUGGUUCUGGUUCGAUCUGCACGAUCGGCGCGAAGAGGGAAGGUUUGAGUGGGUGGACGGUUCUCCACUGGGGGCGUUCAACUCUUGGGGUUUCCGAGAACCAAACGACCGCAUGGGCGACGAAGAUUGCGUUCGUUACGCCUCACUCGUAUCCGAGAAAGACAAGUGGAACGACAUCCAAUGCCACAAGAAGUUUAACUUCCUUUGCCAGACUGCUCCAGGAGGUCCAUAGGCGACACUGCCGCGACAGCAAGGCUCGAAAUCGACG